AUGUCGAUCCCAUGCGCGGCCGGUCCAUGCGCGCUCGAGUUCGCAAUCGACGCGGAUGCCUCCCUGCUAAGCGCCGCCGGUGCCCUGUCGCCGGAUCCGGGCGCCGGCGAAUCGGAUGCGGGCGAUUCGAUUUCCGAUCCGAUCGUCCUGGCCCCCGAGCCGCCCCGCUUGACAAUCGGCGCCUCGGGGGGCCUGUCGCUGGCCUUCGAAGCGCCCGGCGACGCCGGCUGCCCGCUGACCGGGCCGGCGGUGGUCAACGCGCUGGUCAACACGGCCAGCGGGUCAGCCAACGUCUCGCUGGCCCACGCCCGCCCCUUGGCGGUCUAUCCGGCUGUGCUGCCGUUCACCGGGCCCGUCAGGCUGGCCGGUGCCAGGUGGGGUUUGGCGGGCUGGGCCGUGGUGACGGACUCGGAUUCGAGUUUGAAUUUGAGCUCGGGGGCGGUUUUGGCGGGAAGGCUGGCGGCGGAGGCGGAGGGCGGGGCGGCUUGGGCGGGUGAGGGGUUCGAGCCGCCGGAGGGCGGGGGCGCGGAACUGGGAGGGGGAGGAGAGGGGGACCUGAGGAUCACGCUGCAGGUAUCCAACGAGACGGACAUGGAAUCGACUCUGCAACUGACGCUCGAGAACAUCACGUUGUCUGGUCGAGCGUCGUUAAACGGCAGCAACGGAAGCCCCCAAGAUUUGGAAAUCCAAUUUGCGGGGGACAUCCACGCCCAGGGCGUCGUUGGCUGCCCCGAGCCCUGCGGGUUGCAUGGCAAGUGUGCCAAGAAGGAAGGCGUGGGACUGAAGUGUGACUGCGAGUGUGGGUGGACAGGAACGACUUGCGACCGGCCUGCCGGCUUCUGCCCAAGGUUUGUGGAUGAGCUCGAAGGGGAAUGUGGGGAGCGUUUCCUGUUCGACCCUACCACACGCCAAUGCAGCCUCUGCAAAUCGGGAUGGAAGGGGCCGGAAUGCAGCCAAUGCUUCAACGACGAAGUUUGCCAGGGUCUCCUUGGGACGGACCGUGCCACGUGUCGUGAUGAUCUCGACUACCUCGAGAGAUCAACCUCGAAAGUCUACAGCUGCGAGCUCAAGCGGCCACUGGACACCCUCUUUGCGCCAGUGGUGGCCCUGGGAUGCGUCAAGGGGAUGGACACCGAAUCCAACUUCCAGCUUCCCGAGGGUACGAACAGGAGCGACCUUCCAGAGUCCUUCUGCCAGAUGGUGGCGACGCUGAACGGCGACCAGCGCGUGCAUUGCCUGGUGGCCCCAUGCACCUUCUCGCUGUCUUCCUUGAGCAUACAGUGCGGUGGCGGGGAGUGCGUGUGCGAUGGCGGCUGCGUGGAAGGGGUGUCUGGCGCCCUGGCCCAAGGCACCACCAACGCGGAUCUGGAGUGCGAGGAAGAUGGGGCGUGCGUUCUGAAAUUGGGGGGCCUGCCGUUUCCAAUUUCAGCGGCAUGCAGCGCAGCGGAGUGCUACGACCCUUUGGCGGAGAUCACCAUCAGCGGAAUCGGCAAUGGGGAAUCAGACGGCGGUUGGAAUUCCGACCUGUUUGUCGCAUCUAUUCCGAUCUCCGUCGCCCUGGCCGCCGCUCUGGCGCUCUCCCUGCCCGCCUUUGCCUUCCACCAGCGUUUGUGCCACCUUCCGACCGACCACCAGGCGACGUCGUCCAUGAACGUGGAUGUCGGAACCAUGCACAAAUUUGGCCUCAGUUUCUCCAAUCUCUUCUGCGCUGUUCCUGUGGGCAAUCGCGAACAUGCUGGCGGCGGUAGUGGCAGGGGGGAGCAAUACCGAAACGGUGCGGCAGUGGAGACUGGCGGUGUGGAGCCAAUGGAGGCUCCCAAGGGGUACAAGUCCGUCCUCAAGGGUCUCGACGGCGCUUUCACCUACAGGGAACUCGUGGCCAUCAUGGGCCCCUCGGGCGCGGGCAAGACCACCCUGCUGUCCGCCCUGUCCGGCAUGUCCGUGCGCGGACAGUCCGUCCAGAUGCUGGACGGACACGUGUUGGUCAACGGCCGGCGACGUGGUCCGUGGGUCAGCUCAGUCAUGGCGUUCGUGCCUCAGGACGACCUCCUGAUGCAGUCGCUGACGGCGCGGGAGUGCCUGACGUAUUCGGCGGUCCUGCGGGCGUCCAGAGAAACCGAAAUGAAGAAGAUCAACCAGCGCGUCCUGGCCACCAUCUCCGAGCUCGGCCUUGAGCGCGUGGCCAACAGCCAAGUCGGCGGCGGCCGCAAGCGGCUGUCCAUCAGCGGCGGCGAGCGGCGGCGAGUCACGAUCGGCAUGGAGCUGGUGACCAAGCCGCGGAUCGUCCUCAUGGACGAGCCCACGUCGGGACUGGACAGCUCCACGGCCCUGUCGCUGGUCACCAGCCUGAAGGCCGUCAGCUGCCACGGCCGGCUCGUGGUGCUGUCCAUACACCAGCCGUCACAGACCAUUUUUUCCCUCUUCGACAGGGUCAUGUUCCUGGCAAGAGGCUUUCAAAUCUACCUGGGCCCGCCCUCCGGGGUCUCGGCCUUCCUUUCCGAACGACACCUCCCGACACCUCCAGACACAUCCGCCGCGGAACACAUGAUUGAGUCCAUCAGUGACGACACCAUCCUGUCGAAGCUUCUGGAAUGGGUCCGCGCCGACCAGAAGCGCGAGGAAGCCCAGAGGACUGGCGGUGAGUCCGCGGAGGGCGGCACCAGCGGAGACGAGCCUUCCAUGGCGGCCGAGGAGGUGUGGGUCUCCCGGCGCCGGUCUUCGUCCCUGUCUGUUUUGUUCUGGAGGGGCUUCGUUGACAUCUGCAGGAAUCCCUCCCUGCUGCUGGCUCACCUGUGCACGUCGGUGUUCAUCGGCCUGGGCCUGGGGGCAGUGUACUACGACCUCAACUUGGAAUUCUCAGGCGCCCAGAGCCGCUUUGGCGGCUUCUUCUUCGUGCUGGCCUUCAUGUCCUUCACCGCCGCCACCAUCGUGGACACCGUCCACGCCGAGCAGCUGGUGGUCAUGCGCGAGGUCAAGGCCGGCUACUACUCCCUCUCGUCGUACGUGCUGACCAGGUCCCUGCUGGACGCCGUCCUGCUGAGGGCGCUGCCGGCGGUCAUCCUCUGCACGCCCAUGUACUUCAUGAUGGGGCUGCAGACCGGCGCCUCCAGGUUCCUGAUCUUCAUCUUCACAGCCGUGUCCUUCAACAUGGUUGUGGGCAUCCUGGCCAUGGCCGUCACCAUGCUGUCGUCCCAGCCCGCCACCGCCAGCCUCGUCAUAAACACCCUCCUGCUGGUAGCCCUGGUCUUCGGCAACUUCCUGGUGAAGAUCGGAUCCAUUCCCGCCUGGCUGCAGUGGCUCAACCACUUGUCCAUAAUCGGCUACGCGCUGCGCAUCAUGGCGGUUAACGAGGUGGAGGGCGUGACGUACACCAUCGACCGGACUAAACCGCCCAUUUCCCUGGCCCCCCACCCCCAGUCCGGAACCGCCGGCGACAUCGAGGUGGAGGGGGCCUUCAUACUGCAGCAGCUGGGCAUCGACUCCGGCCACUUCUCCCGCGACAUCGCCCUGCUGUCCGCCUUGAGCGGGGCCUCGCUGCUGCUGCUGCUGGCGGCCGCCCAGGUGCGGCUGCGGAAGGACGGCGUCGGCGGGUGGGCGGCCUGGGCUCGGGGGACCCCGCGGCGGGCGGCGCGUCGCGUUUCGCGGCGCGUCAGGCGCGGCCUGGCGCGCACCAUGGGCCACAGGUCGAAGUCCCUGACGCACGCGGAUUUCGCGGACCUCAUGUAG